AUGUCCGCAAACAUCGGAGGCCACCUCGAGCAAUUCGCCGUCAGCGGCACCACCGUCGGCGACUUCGACCCCAUGACCCAACACACCCACCCCAACGUCGGUCUUGGUCCCGACUCUGCUUCUCUCUCGGGAGCCACGGGCGAGGUUGUUAGUGGGACUGGACAUUCUUUGCCUGCGGAGAUUGAGAAGAAGAAUGCUGGUGUGUCUCAUGGUGGACGUGAAGGCAAAGGGGGAAAGGGAUACCAGACUGUUCCGGGGGAAGAGGAUGACAGGCAGAGGAAAAUCGAGGUUGCUGAUAACGACGACGAGGAUGAUGAUGAGGAGGAGUAA